GCGAACCAAACGUCCCGCGGCAUAAAAGUGCACUUGCUUUGUAACGCCGCCGUUUCCUUCUCUUUCCGCUUCCGCCGAGGCCACUCUCUUUCUCUCUCUGCGCCUGCGCCUUUCUCUUCUCCUUCUCCUUCUCCCUCCUCUCAACCCCAACAAUCUCUGUCUCCCCAUCUCCUCUCAACAAGGCGGCCUCAACAAAGUCCCACCGCACCUUUCUUUAAUGGAGCGAGGGUGAGCCUAACAAACACUCGACACACAGGAGGAGGUGCUGCCCGCUUCUCCCCUCCCUCAGUCUCACUCGCUCCGCUCUCCUCCCCGAGACCAGGAGGCCAAGCCAAGAACCGCAAACCCUCAGGCCGUGGCCAUGGCGCAAGGAGCAGGACGGGACCCGGAGGAGCUCUUCGAGGAGCUGUGGCGCGCCUGCGCGGGGCCGCUCGUGGAGUUGCCCCAGACCAACGAAAGGGUCUUCUACUUCCUCCAGGGUCACCUAGAACAGCUGCAAGAGCCGACGGACCCGGCGCUGCUGGCUGAGCAGAUCAAGAUGUUCCAGGUGCCCAACAAGAUCCUCUGCAAGGUCGUCAACGUCGAGCUCAAGGCCGAGACAGAAACGGACGAGAUGUACGCCCAGAUCACUCUGCAGCCGGAACCAGAUCAAGUGGAUCUACCCCAAUUACCUGAACCGCCCCUGCAGGAGACGUCAAGGCCCGUGGUGCACUCCUUCUGCAAGAUCCUCACACCAUCCGACACCAGUACUCAUGGCGGUUUCUCCGUUCUUCGGCGUCAUGCAAACGAAUGCCUCCCAGCACUGGAUAUGUCGAUGCCGACCCCGACCCAAGAGCUCAUCACAAAGGACCUACAUGGAUCUGAAUGGAGGUUCAAGCACAUAUACAGGGGCCAACCCCGUCGGCACCUUCUGACUACUGGAUGGAGCACGUUUGUCACAUCAAAGAAGCUGAUUGCUGGUGACGCGUUUGUCUACCUGAGGAGCGAGACCGGACAGCAGCGUGUGGGAGUGAGGCGCCUCGUGCAGAAGCAAAGCACAAUGCCAGCAUCUGUUAUAUCAAGCCAAAGCAUGCAUCUUGGGGUGCUUGCAAGUGCAUCACACGCUAUUAGGACUCAUUCCAUUUUCCUAGUGUAUUAUAGACCAAGGUUAAGCCAAAGCCAAUACAUCGUCAGGCUGAACAAGUACCUGGAAUCUAGUAAAAUUGGAUUCGAUGUGGGCAUGAGGUUUAAGAUGAGUUUUGAAGGGGAUGACGUCCCUAUAAAGAAGUUUUCUGGAACAGUUGUCGAUAAAGGAGAUCUUUCUCCACAAUGGCAAGGUUCUGAAUGGAAGACAUUGAAGGUCAAAUGGGACGAAGCCACAAACUUAAAUGGCCCUGAGAGGGUUUCCUCCUGGGAAAUUGAACCAUUCGAUGCAUCCGCACCUGCCAUCACCAUGCCCGUGCAACCAUCAAUGAAAAACAAAAGGCCUAGGGAGACAGCUGAAGGCCUGGAUAUUCAUGCACUGGAACCUGCUCAAGAAUUCUGGCUCUCUGGAAGGCCUGAACAGCAUGAGAAGACAAGCGUAAGCUCCAGCGAACCCAAACAUCAAGUCGCUUGGACAAGUGAACGCGCAGGAUACAGUGCCAUGAGCAGUUCAAUCUGUCAGAAUUCUGCAGUAACUGGGAGCUGGUUCAAGGGCUUCAAUUCCUCCGGCUCACACCCUUCCCUGCCAGAGAUCUCCCAGAAACUGUUUCAGGUCACCAGCAACGACGCGAGGGUUCCUCCUUGGCCUGGGCUCUCCGCUUAUCAUGCUGACGAGCCCUCUUCCAAGCUGUCCUGCAACACUGCUCUGUGCAGCUACCAGACCGAGGAGGUGGCUCCAAGAUUUUCCAAUGCCGUCGAAGAGGAAAAGAAGGAGCCCGGCAUGUUCCGUCUGUUUGGCGUCAAUUUGAUUAACCAUGCUAGGAGUAGUGCUACCGCUGACAAGACGAGUGUGGGAGCAGGGGAAACAUCGGCGCGAGCUGCUGGUUCUUUUGAAGACUCUGCUCAGCUAUCAAGAGUGACGAAGGAUCAUACGCACAUGGUGAACGGAAGCCCCCGAGAAAUCCAAAGCCACCAGAGUUGCAGUGGAAGGAGUCGUAUCAAGGUUCAAAUGCAUGGAAAUGACGUGUGCAGAGCUGUGGAUUUGGGAAAUCUGGAUGGGUACGAGCAGCUGAUGGGUGAGGUUGGAGAGAUGUUUGAGAUCAAAGACCUUGGCUCCAAAGAGAAAGAGGAAUGGAAGGUUACUUUCAUUAACGACGAGAAUGAGACAAUGGAAGUCGGAGCUGUUCCUUGGCAGGAGUUUUGCCAGAUGGUGAGGAAGAUCGUGAUCCAUUCCAUUGGAGACAGGGGCCAUAUGGAGGCUUGCCCUUGCCUGGGGCAGGAUGGGAAGAGGGACUAUUAGAAGAAGGGAUUUUUUUUUUUGGCUGGGGCAGUCAGGAGAUGGGUGCUGCUGAAACAUGAUGGCGUAGCUUGUCGAUGACAAAGAAGGCAACAGAUUGGUUGCUGGCGUCAGUUCUUCCUUGAGAAAAAAAUUCAGUGGAAGGAAGAAGUGAUGUAACAUAGGAUUUGCAGAAAAGAUUUGAUAAUGCGUCUUUUAGAAGUUUGGUUUGGUUUAAAGAUGACAAGUUAAUGUGUGUCUAGUGAUCUGCCUAAAGCCUUAGCGACGGGCAACAAGCAAUAACAAGGAUGGAUGAUGACCUUACCUUGGGUAUGUUAGCUGUGUAAAUAUUAUGUAUGUAUGUAUGGGACAUUAAAUUGGUUGGCAUACUUGACUCCUGAUUUAUAUUGUACGUAGUGUGUUGCAGUGCUCUGGAUUCAGUUGUGAUGUGCUACUAUUACAAGUAGUAGAAGGAAUCUGGUUUUUAGUCCAAGAAUCAA